AUUGGCUGCACCAGGCGCGGGCGCUCGGUGGCACUUUGAACCGGGUGUCAGGCGGCUGGAACCGGAGUUGUGGUGCUGACUGGGGUCGGGCCAGGUCGCUUUUGCUCUGGCCAUGGCCGAAGCACGCUCAUCUCGCUGGUACUUUGGGGGACUGGCUUCCUGCGGGGCCGCCUGCUGCACACACCCGCUAGACCUGCUCAAGGUGCACCUUCAGACACAGCAGGAGGUGAAGCUGCGCAUGACGGGAAUGGCGCUGCAGGUGGUGCGGACCGACGGCAUCCUGGCACUCUACAAUGGCCUGAGCGCCUCACUGUGUAGGCAGAUGACCUACUCCCUGACUCGGUUCGCUAUCUACGAGACCAUGCGGGACUACAUGACCAAGGACCACCAGGGGCCUCUCCCCUUCUACAACAAGGUGUUGCUGGGCGGCAUCAGUGGUUUGACUGGAGGCUUCGUGGGGACCCCAGCAGACUUGGUCAAUGUCAGGAUGCAGAAUGACAUGAAGCUGCCUCUGAGCCAGCGACGCAACUACUCUCAUGCCCUGGACGGUCUGUACCGCGUGGCCCGUGAAGAAGGCCUGAAGAAGCUCUUCUCGGGAGCAACCAUGGCAUCCAGCCGCGGGGCCCUCGUCACUGUAGGCCAGCUGUCCUGCUAUGACCAGGCCAAGCAGCUGGUCCUCAGCACUGGGUACCUGUCUGACAACAUUUUCACUCACUUUGUCUCCAGUUUUAUUGCAGGCGGAUGUGCCACAUUUCUGUGCCAGCCCCUGGAUGUGCUGAAGACACGCUUGAUGAACUCUAAGGGCGAAUAUCACGGUGUUUUCCACUGUGCAAUGGAGACCGCAAAGCUUGGACCACAGGCCUUUUUCAAGGGCCUCUUUCCUGCGGGCAUCCGUCUCGUCCCCCACACCGUGCUCACCUUCAUGUUCCUAGAGCAGCUCCGGAAGCACUUUGGCAUCAAAGUGCCAACCUGACAUCACCAUGGACACCAGGGCCAUGCUCAGCCACUGUGCUGAGCUCCUUGGAAGAGUGGAAGGGGAGUGGAUUCCCCUUGUUGGCCUGGGCCCAUGCUCUAUCCCCAGCAGGCUUCUCUUCUCCCACCCUUGGGCUGGCAAGGUCUUCUGACCCUGCCCAGGCCCGGGCUUACUUCACUGGCCUUUGUCCCUUCCCUAGGCCCACUGGAGUGGAACCUCUGCCCUGCUUGCUCCCAGGCUGUCCCCACGGGGCUUUUGCCCUGUGUUCCCACCCCACAAUUCACUCAGGAGAAUAGGUUCCCACCUCCCCGGCUGCUGUGCCGCCCUGCCCUGCCUGGUAAGCAGGAGGAAGCUGACCACCUCCCGCUCCCGGCCGGCCCUCUCUACACCGAGCAGCUUCUACCCAGAACCGCGGUAGUGUGGCAGGGUGCGGACCAUGGCAGCUUCUGCUUACCAAUGGUUAGAGCGUGCACGUACUUUUGUCAUGAGAGGGACCAUCAUGUCGUGUUCUUGAAGGCAGUGCCUUCAGGAGAGGGAGCAGGCAGCAGGGA